AUCUGACCCAGAAGUGAGCAGAACUAUACAUACAUAUAUCACAGAGAAGGCUCAGGGGAGAGCAUGAAGAGGGAUAACGAGAUAUACCUGAAACUCUUCUGGGGUCGUUCUUCUUCCUCCAAUCCUCGUCAGAGACUGCGGUGGCUGUACCAGUGGUGGCCCAUGAAGACUCCGGCAUCGGCUGCUGCCACCACCAUAGUCGUCGUCGUCUUCUGCUUCGUGGCCACUCUAUUAUCUUCAUUCGCCGGCAGGUUUGACGUGUCAAUAUUUGCAGGAGUUUCCAGGUCAGAAGAGAAGAUUCUUCCCCCACCAAUUAGGCAAGAAUUCCCUCUGAAAUGCGCCAAACAAAACGAGACGCAAACAUGCUCAAGAGACUACCCGGCCAGGCACAAUCCUAGCCGUCCAUGGAACCGCACGUGUCCCGCCCACUUCAGAUUCAUCCACGAAGAUCUACGGCCCUGGAGGGAGACGGGAAUCACGAGGGACAUGGUGGAGGGGGCGAGAAGGACGGCCCAUUUUAGGGUGGUGAUCCUGGACGGGAGGGUGUACGUGGACAAGUAUAGGAAGUCAAUACAGACCAGAGACCUGUUUACUCUGUGGGGCAUAUUGCAACUCACGAGAUGGUACCCGUCCAAAUUGCCUGAUUUGGAGAUGAUGUUUGACUGUGAUGAUAGGCCCGUCGUAGCUUCCCGGCAUCACCGUGGACCACAGGCCAGCCCACCACCCUUGUUUCGAUAUUGCUCCGACGACCGGAGUUUAGACAUCGUCUUUCCGGAUUGGUCCUUUUGGGGAUGGGCUGAGAUAAAUUUAAAGCCAUGGAAAGAUACAUUAGAAGAUAUAAAAGAAGGGAACAAGAAGAUCAAGUGGGAGGACAGAGUGCCUUACGCUUAUUGGAAGGGAAACCCUCACGUGGCUCCUACCAGAAGAGACCUUAUGAAGUGUAAUGUUUCUAAUGAACAUGAUUGGAACACUCGUAUCUACGUUCAGGAUUGGGUACAAGAGUCCAAACAAGGGUAUAAAGCAUCCAAGUUAGAGGACCAAUGCACCCAUAGGUAUAAGAUAUACAUAGAAGGAUGGGCAUGGUCGGUGAGUGAGAAAUACAUACUGGCUUGUGAUGCUAUGACACUGUACGUAAGGCCAAAGUACUAUGACUUCUUCAUCAGAGGCAUGAUGCCUUUACAACACUAUUGGCCCGUCAGUGAUUCUUCCAAGUGCACUUCUCUCAAAUUUGCUGUUGAAUGGGGCAACAAUCACACUCAUCAGGCUCAGGCAAUAGGGGAAGCUGCUAGCAGGUUCAUGCAGGAGGACUUGAAAAUAGACUAUGUAUACGACUACAUGUUUCAUCUUUUGAACGAAUAUGCAAAGCUGUUAAAGUUCAAACCAACAGUGCCUCCUACAGCUACGGAGCUGUGUCCAGAAACAAUGGCGUGUGGUGCACAAGGAAACUGGAGGAAGUUCAUGGAGGAGUCGCUCGUCAAGUUUCCCAGUGAUUCACUUCCAUGCUCAAUUCCUCCUGAUGAUGUUUCCUUCCUGAAAGAUUUCCGGGACAGAAAAGCUAAUGCAACCAGACAGGCACAACUAUGGGAAAAGGAAUAUUGGCAGAGUCAAAUCAAGGCAGAGUAGAUUGGGGAAUUUCUUCUGAUACGGAGGAAAUUAUGCAGAGUUUCAUACCUCCAAGGAUUUACUUUGUUGUAACUUUCAAUAGGUUCUUUGCAUUCGAUCAUAUUCGAUCAUAUGAUUUAUUUGGUAUAUAAGAUAAAGU